AGUCUUCGGAACUUAGCAUGGAGAUUGUGGAUCGAAGACAAGCCAACGGAACUGAUGGAUAGUUUGAUGGAGCAACCUGUCGAUAUACAAGAACUGGUGAAAUGUAUCCAUGUGGGUUUGUUAUGUGUGCAGCAACGGCCGGAAGAUAGACCAACAAUGGCUUCGGUCGUAGUUAUGUUGGACAUCGAGAACCCAAUACUGCUGCAGCCGAAGCAACCCGGUUACUACACAGAAAGGUUUUUCACUGAUACAGAUUCAUCAUCUACUAAUGUGAAGUCUCAUACUAGAAAUGAAGUCACAGUUACACUACUACAAGGAAGAUAAAAAUACAAAGUGUAAUUAUAUAUCUGUUUGUGCAAUUCAAGAUUUGAUUUUAGUGAAUCAGAACAAGUGUGAAUUAUUCA